UCUGCGCCAAAGUGAUUAUUAUAGGUCGCUGCCCGCCGGUCGGUGAACGCGGCAAAUUGUAUUGAAAUUAGAAGGAAGGGGGCGAAGCGCUUGGUAUUGAAGAGGAGAUAACUUCUGCCAUGGCUUGCCAAUUUUACUGUCCCAGACACUAUGGCUUAACCAUGAACGCAGUUAAUGAUUUUGUGCAACAACAUUCGUUUGUGGAUGUGAAACUUGUAUGCAAGAACAAAAAGACUGUGUAUUCCCACAAGUUAAUACUGGCUUCAGCUAGCCCGUUUCUAAAGGCUGUUAUUGAAGAAAUGAACAAUUCCGAUGAUAUGGCUACCUUGUUUUUACCUGAUUUCGAUUAUAAUAUUGUUACUCUGUUGCUGACGUUCCUCUGCGAAGGUAUUAUGAAACUUACAUGGGAAGAACUAGGAGAAUUCCGGGAGCUUUGUAAUGGGCUAGGUAUGAAUUUCCCUGGUGCCGACGUGGUAAAGGUAUUAAAUGAGUCUCAUUACUCGCAAACGUCGAAAGCAACUGACAUCGAAGCAAACCCAAUCGCAAAUACAGAACGCGGAAUACGUACUUCGUCUUCGCUCGUGUCUUCCAGAGAAGCUUUCCAUACACCAGCGAAGAUACCUGAUACAAGCAGUGCCUUUGCAUCCAUAGUACCAAAGAUAGAAGACUGUGAAGACUGUCAAAAUAUUCAACUGACGCAGCCUGUACCUAGUAAUGAUAUUCAAAACACAGUACAGAAUCUGGAUGUUAGGAAUAUACAGCAUAGUCUUACUGACAGUGAUUAUUCUCAAACAGAGGAACAUACACAGAUGAGUUUGGAGACUAGUGAAAGUGUUAUGUAUUCUGAUGCCACAAGUAGUGGUGGCUCUUGGAGAAAAGUGAUGUGCUCACACAGUGAUACUCAUACAGAUUUAAAUGUGUGCCAUGCUGAAAGUUCAGUGCGAAAAUCAUCACAAAGUAAUGAAACAUCUCGCAUGCAUUCCUUGCCUUCAGUGCCAAUGUCUGUUGAACAAGAUAUUUUUCAUAGCAGCAACUCUCACUUUGCUCAUCAAAAAUCAAGUACUCACCAAACUGUGAAACAGUCAAAAGCCACAGAACAAAGUGCAUAUCAUCAAAUAAAGAAACAGUCAAAAGCAAAAAUGAAAAAACUCCAUAGUGAGGCAGGUGUACAAAAGACGCAUUUAACACAGAUUUUGAAUUCAUCUUCUGUUCACAAGAAGCUGCCAGAACUACCAGGUGCCACUUCUCAUAAAAUAAAACUAUCACCACAUGUGAAAAGUAGCAGUAGACAGAGUAACUCAAAAGGCCAUAGUAAAACACAAUCAGUUCAAAAAUCUGUACGUUCAAAGAAGAGAAAAAAUAGUGAGGGAACUGGGAGGUAAGUUUUAUUCAGGAGCGGAUAUGCACGAAAGUGUUACCUGUAACUUCCACAAAGUGAAUUUUGUUAAUCAUGUUUUAUCUCAAUAUUCAUUGAUAAUUUCUUACCAUUAGACAUUAGCAUUUUUACUUUCUACGAAAUUUUGGUCAUGUAGUAAAGCAUGCACUCAUUCAGUCAACCAUUCUAUUGGUUUGAGAUGUACUGGAUUUUUAAUGCUAAAACUUAUUUUAUGUUGGUAAUUAUUCUUAUCGAUAGCCUUUUAAUUAUACUGGGAUUGCAACUACAGGAAUGUUGCAUUGGGGACAUACAGAGCACCUAAUGAUGGGUGUGUGUUUCGUGGCCAAAAUUUCCUGUGUGUACACUCUUAUGUCAUUACUCGAGGUAGCCAGCUGUCUAAAAUAAAGCAUAGGGCACAAAUACAUUGCCCAUUUCCAUUUUGAAAAAUCACAUGUCCCUGAGCCUUUGCAGUGAAUCUCAGAUCUGAUUUCCUUACUACUAGUUUUAUGUGGUUAUUCCACUCUUGCUGGGUAUACUAGUUGUUGAUUCUAAGAAGGCUUGGUGGAGGGUCAGAGUAUAUUUAUAGCUGUUUUUGAGAUACCCACAGCUUUAUUAGUGAGCUAACUGACUCUGCCUUCGUUAACAGAUAACACUAUACUGUGUGUGGCUAAAUACUUGAAAAUGAAACUAUAUUAUUAAAAUUUAAUACUGACAAGGGGAUAUCCUCUGUAUGUGGCUGUAAUCAUAGUGCAAAGUUAACAUGGAAACAGUUACGUUACAAUGUCAAUGUGCUAGCACGCAGUAUUGAAAUUUAACAACUGGAAACAAGUGAAUAUUGAUCUGAAGUCCCAGACACAAUCUUCUGACUUCUAUUGAAAUGGUUACGCCUAUCAGCCGCCCCCACCUCCUCAUCGAGUCAUUUUAGAGUGAACAGUCAAUAUUGUGUUAAAUUUUUUGUGGUUCUUACAGUUUCCAAUGUUCUCCUGUCAUGUAACUGAACAGUAAUGUGUCUGUCUAUGUUCAGCUUAUUGCUUUUAUUUAUAUAAACUUUAACUGCCAGUCCUUACAGUGUUUAUCCUUUACAAGUUCACCUGCAUUAUGCUGUUUUUCUAACGUUGCAACAUUCCUAUACGCAAAAGAAUUUUCUGCAAACAGCCUUAUGGAGUUUCCGACACUGUACACUUUAAACUCUAGGUCUCCACAUUAGUGAUAGCUAAUGUUCCAGUCAGAGGAUGGUCAUUAUGUCCAGCAGUGCUGUGCCCAGUGAAUCACUCUUGUCCUCAUUGUCCAUGUUAUUGAUGAUUAGAAUACAUUUUAUUUCAACACUGUAGACACGGAUGUUUUUAUCCACACAUACAGUGCAGUGAUUGUGCAGAUAAUGAUUGUCAUUAUGGAUAUAAGGCUUAAUCAUCUUACUGGAUUGCAGUUUCAACUUCUCUGUCUGUGCCUGGGUUUCUCAACUAGUGACAAAUUGGUGCAAGAAGUUUGGUUUAUCUGUUACUUUUAGCUCCUUGGUCUUGUGUUGUUAUUUAUGCUCACACAUCUACAUUGAAAAUUGUUUAAGUCCUCAUAACCCUUACAGUUUCCAUUUCAAGCAUGCAUUAGUUGUAAACAGUGGAUACUGACAGUGAAAGGAAACACUGGCUUUUUCCUUGUGCCCAUAACUAUGAAGUACAUAAUUUUCACCGUUUUUGUGCAACCUGAGGAUUAAACAGACAGUCUCUCUGUUAUUUAUGAAAUAUGUAUUGUGUGAGUAUUUUCACAUGUGAGAUGUUUGAUGGGGAAAUCAAGUACUAACUAAUGGAUAUUACCCAUCCCCAGACAAUGUAGCCGCAUUCGCCAGUCUUAUCCUUUACAGUCUAAUGAUUUUUUUUUUUUUCCUUCUUUUAAAGAGAAGUUGGCUGUCAACUUUUCAUGUAAUUUAUUUUCAUCAGGUCUUUUUUUUACCAUUCUUGUUUUCAUCUCUUAUUGUUAUUUUAUUGUAGGCAUUUUUGUUAUUGUGUGUGUGUUUUAACCUUAUUUGGCAUGUGAUCCCUGUUCAUUAUAAGAAAAUACCACAAUUUCUUUUUGUGAAAAAUUAUUUGGCACAAGACUCGUAAAUAAAUAGCAAAAUAUGUCCAUAGGGAGACUUCAUGUAGACCCUGUAACAUACUGAGUCUGUAAAAAUUAGGGAAGCAUACAAAAGUGGAUUUACAUGUGAUUAAUUUUCAAGGGACAAAGGGAAAUUUUAUUAAGUGUUGGUAAGAGUGAUCUUUGUGUUUUAUUCAAACAUAAAGAUGUUUACUGGUAAAUAUUUUAAGUGACUGUAGUCAUAUAUCUUGUAGCAAAGCAAGAAAGGUCUCUUGCAAUGACAAAAUAUUUGUAUUAAAAACUAAAUUCCGCAAAUUAUAACCUGAGUUGAGGGCAGUUCCAGUAUUUUUUUAAGUGUUAAUUAGUGGCCACAUUAAUUUAAAUUUGAUAAUGUAAACAUUACUGAUUUGCCAGUGACAAUGGAACACUCACAUUAAGAUUCAUGAAUAGUUUAAAGCGUCUCAGAUGCGUACAUUCUGCAUAUGUAGCAGCAGAGUCUUAGGAUGAAUGUUAUACUUGUUUCUGAUAAAGGAUUAUUAUGGAAAUUUGGAAAGAAGUUUCUUUUCUUUGUGGAUAAGGGAACAGGGUUCUUCACUAGAUGAGAUGCUCUGAACUCAGAGGACAGUGUGUUAAUGAAUAAAUUGCAGUUAUUGCAAAAGUUA